AUGGGCAUAAUCGGAUUAGUUCAUGCCGCGGUAGACUGGCUUCUCGGCUGGGCCAAGCUGAUCCAGAACCGCGAAGUCGGCUGGCUCACCAUCGACCGCAAGACCGGAAAAUAUAUGCGCGAACAGCAGCCUCUCUGGAAGAAACUCAAACUCCUCCUCCUCUUCAACCCGCUGACAACAUGGCUCGAUACGACGCACGCGAUGAGACUAUAUAUGCAUAACAGCGCGAUCAAAGAGGGGAAGCAAGAAGCAGCCCCAGCCUCGGCCAAACGCAUCCGAGAAUUCAUCUCCUUCUUCCACAUCAACAUGGACGAGUUCGAGCCCUCCGACCCGGCAGCCUUUCGCUCAUUCGAAGAGUUCUUCGUCCGUCAUCACAAGCCCGGAACGCGGCCCAUAUUCGAGGCAGAGAACCCGUCCUCUGCAGUGUGCGUCGCGGACUCGCGCGUCGUGGUCUACGAGCACGUCGCCGAGAGCAAGAAGAUCUGGAUCAAGGGGGAGGACUUCUCUAUCACGAACCUCGUCAUGGAUCGUAAAUUGGGUCCGCAGUUCGGAGACGGCCCCGUUGCGAGUUUCCGUCUUUCCCCGCAGGAUUACCAUCGCUACCAUAGUCCGGUUUCAGGGAAGAUCAAGGUCUUUCGCAGUAUGCCGGGGGAUUACUAUGAGGUUGAUCCGCUGGCUAUCCGGAGCGGCGUCGAUAUUCUGACGCGGAAUGCAAGGGACUAUGUGGUCAUUGAGACGGAGGAGUUCGGCGAGGUGCUCUUUGUUGCUAUUGGGGCUAGCCAAGUGGGCACUGUUGAAUAUACACUCUUGAUGAAGGAUGCUGACGACGGUAGGAUCCACGAGAAAUGGCAGAAACCCGGUGCGGAAAUCAAGAAAGGCGAUGAACUAGGCAUCUUUCAGUUUGGCGGCUCGAGCAUCAUCGUCGCCUUUCAGAAGGGACGGAUCCAGUUCGAUGAGGACCUAGUCGAACCGAGCAAGCGUGCUAUUGCGGUAGAUGUGGAAGUGGGUAUGAGUCUUGGUCGUGCUACAUCGAAGGCUACCUAGGGUUGAUAGGCGGUACUUACCUUGUGGGUUAGGCGCAUUGGAGUUGGAUCAUUAUGGAGCUAUCAAGGGUGUUAGGGUUACGAACGCCAACGAAAUCUAGGCUGCUGUUCGAACAUUAGGACUGAUUGUCAGAGAAGCACAUUUUCCGUUUAUAUGACAAUGACAUCAAUGUGAUUUUUGAGGGCCGUGAGAGCCAUG